CCACUGUCCACAGUCCAGCUCCUGCUAUGAGCAGGACGAGACUAGAAGUUAUCAGGCGUGUGUAUUGCGGCGUCCUUUGCAGCAUUGUUGGAUUACACGUCGUAAUACGAGCAUCUGAAGGUUUGAGUGGCAAAAAGCAGACAAUCCACCACCAUCACCACCACCACCACCACCAAACGUUCUAGCACAGCACGGCGACUACCAACACAGGAGCCUCCACACCACCUCCGUCACACCAAUCUCCACUAUUACCGCCCGAUCACAACAUUCUCUAGCGUCACUCCACAUUCCUUAACCGUGAUGCCUCCAUCACGUAAGUGGAUCAGACGGUUCCAGUUGCCUCUUGUGGUGGACUUCGCUGACGAGGGAUACACUCUCACGGCGCAGGUGACAGAGGGACAGUUUCCUUCGAGGGAGCAACGAAGAAACUCACUCAGGGCGUGCCGCGUAAGUUCUGGGAACACCAUGGCGGGCGAUGUCCAGGGACCGCGAAGAAGUAACCCAGUCAGGAGUUGCCGCUUACGAGAAAGGAACAGCGGGGAGGACGGCGUCCAGGAGCCGCAGAGGAGGAACCCAGUCAGGAGUUCCCGCUUACGAGAAAGGAACAGCGGGGAGGACGGUGUCCAGGAGCCGCAGAGGAAGAACCCAGUCAGGAGUUCCCGCUUACGAGAAAGGAACAGCAGAGAGGACAGAGUGUAUGUAGUACGUCACCGCCAGCAGGAUGCCAUACUAGGCCCGGAACACAUUUCGUCUACACCACAACUGGCCAGGGUGCGGACAGCAGCACGCAGGGCCAGGUUCACGGGUCAGAGCAAUCGGUCGCGCACUUCACACACAUCACGGGAAGUGCAGCCAGCCCGCGCCCAGCCGUCCAGCGAGAGAAGGGAAUUAGGUGGUCUGAUGCAAAGUACUCCCCAGGAAUACGGGUCGAGCGACAUUCCUCCUAGACAAACACUGCACCACGCCUGGCCUUCAUCCCACAGCCGAGUGCAAGACACGUCACGAGCACAGGUACAGCCUUCAUCACACACUCCAACCCCGGGCAUGAACCCGCCACGUCCCUCGUCACACACACGGGAGCCGUCACACCACUCGUCACACACACUGGACACUUCCUCGUCACUCACACUGGACACUUCACGUCCCUCGUCACACACACUGGCCUCGUCACACACCCUGGACACUUCACGUCCCUCGUCACACACCCUGGACACUUCACGUCCCUCGUCACACACACUGGCCUCGUCACACACACUGGACACUUCACGUCCCUCGUCACACACACUGGACGCUUCACGUCCCUCGUCACACACACUGGACGCUUCACGUCCCUCGUCACACACACUGGACACUUCACGUCCUUCGUCACACACACUGGACGCUUCACGUCCCUCGUCACACACACUGGACGCUUCACGUCCCUCGUCACACACACUGGACGCUUCACGUCCCUCGUCACACACACUGGACGCUUCACGUCCCUCGUCACACACACAGGAGCCGUCAUGCCCUUCACAAAUAACCAAAAAAGCAUCAUCCGCCAACAAGGAGCUGUCACUCGCCAUCCAGAGUCCGUCACCGAUCUCUUCACAAGUUCAAACUCAAGCGGUGUCGGAAAGCCAGCCACACGCUGCCCGGCGCCAGCAUCGCCAAAAUGCCAUCAAGGAACCGCUUGUGCGCUGCCUGGUGUGCCUGGAGUCCCUGGCCUCCAUCAAGCGGUUGUCACGCGACAUCUGCUCCACCGUGUGUGGCCACCUGUUCUGCUCCACCUGCAUCAAGACCGUCGUGGAGAUGAACAAGCGCUGCCCGUUGUGCAGACGACGACUCACAAAGAAGAAGUAUCACGUCAUCUUCUUGUAAAGGCGUGUGCCAUCCUUCUUAUAGGACGGCCAUUCAGGUAGACACCAAUCUGCUUUCUGCGAAAGCAAAACAUUACUCCAGGCGCGAUGUGACGUUUCCUGCAGGCGCUGUAGUGUGUGUGGGUACUGUACAUGUCAAAUUGGUUUUGUUGUGUUGACAGUCCAGUGCUUCCCACAUCAACGCUUCCCCUGCAACUGUCUUGCCACGCCCUGCACCGAGAACGUCUUGUUUUUCUUUUCUUUUCAAAUCCAUCCAUUCAUAUGUAUUACAAAUGGAUUUAUAUCGAAUGUUUUUUUUUAUUAUUAUUCAAAGGGGAAUAAAGUAAUAAAAAACAUGUCUGCAA